UUAGCGCACGCGCACAGCCGCACGGCCGCGUAGCUCCGAUCUUGCUGAAAACGCUGUGCGAGAGGUUGAGCUGCUGGUGCGAUGUCGGAAAUGAACGAGCUGUCCGAGCUGUAUGAAGAGAGCAAUGACCUGCAGAUGGAUGUGAUGCCUGGCGAGGGUGACCUUCCGCAGAUGGAGGUAGGCGGCGGGAGCCGGGAGCCGUCCCCGAACCCCGCCCGCCCCGGGGCCCCGCCGCAGCUCGAGGAGGAAGGCCCGAUGGAGGAGGAGGCGGCCCAGCCAAUGGCGGAGCCGGAGGGGGAGCGCGGCCUUGCUAACCGGCCCAGCCCCGGGGAGCAGCCGGGCCAGGUCGCGGGCCCCGACUUCGAGAGCGAGGACGAGGGCGAGGAAUUUGACGACUGGGAGGACGACUACGACUAUCCGGAAGAGGAGCAGCUGAGCGGUGCCGGCUACAGAGUAUCUGCGGCCCUCGAAGAAGCCAACAAGAUGUUUCUGAGAACAUCCAGAGCAAGAGAAGCAGCCCUGGAUGGCGGGUUUCAGAUGCAUUAUGAGAAGACCCCGUUUGAUCAGUUGGCUUUUAUCGAAGAGCUUUUUUCACUUAUGGUUGUCAAUCGUCUGACCGAAGAACUCGGCUGUGAUGAGAUUAUCGAUAGAGAGUAGUUAAAUGCUGUUAAAAGAGGAGGAAGCUACUUGAGGAGAGACCCAACAUUCCACUGUCUCUUGGGUUCAUUCCAGAUAGUUCCAUGCCAAUGAAAAACUUGAUCUUCAAAAAAAGUCUUGUUUUGCAGAAUAGAAUAGGACAGUGACUGUACAGUUGCGAAAAAGGAAGAAAAUUGUUGAAGAAUCUUAGGACUGUUAAAACCUGUUUUCAAGAAUGUCCUGAAAACACCUAUGGCUUUGACUUUGUUGCUGAUCCAGAGUAUUUUCCUUGCAUUGGGGAAAAUAUCUUUCAUAUUUCACUGUAAGGGAUGGUUUUGCAAGAAUAAGUCAUGACCAAGACAAACUGCCAGCGCAAGAGCCCACUGAUAUAUCCAACGUAGGACACAAGAUGAGUUUGAGUUAUUUGGACUGAAAGCCUAUUGAGAAAACUUUGAAGAUUCCACUUUGUGAUCUGUCCAAGCCACAAUUAUCAAAGGCUAAAUUUUUAGUGGAAGAUAAAUUGAGUAUUCUUCAGUAUCCCAAAAAGAAAUAUGUAUCACGUGUGCUAUAUCUUAAAAUGUGUUUCCAAGAACAUCUGAAAUUUUGUUUGUACAUAUAUCUUGAUCAUUUAUAAAGCUACUAUGAUCUAUAAUUCAAGAAAAUUCAUUGUCUUAACCAUUUUUAAAAGUCAAAAAUUAAGAUGUUAAUAAAGUUUCAGAUUUAGACUUUAAAAUGUAUGUGCAAGUACAAAGAAAACAAACUAUUUCUAACACCCUUCUAUACUAGAGAAAUUUUCUGUUUUACUUGCUCUCUGUUUUUCAUUUAACUGUACAGGCAAAAGACGGGUUGAACUUCAUAAUUAAGAACUGUUAAGUGAAAAUUGUCAAGUAAAAGAAAAGCCCUACAUCUAAAAAAGACCUGAACAAUUAUGCUGUCAACCUUUAAAAGUUUUAAACCUGACUGGAAAUCCACCUCAGUAUUUGAAGUUUCCCUCUGUCUCCUCCUCUAAUUAAGCUUGUUAUUGGUUAUGCACCAGCAUUUAAGAUAAUAAAAUUUCUUGUUCUGUGUA